AUGUUGUUAAUGUUACAAGAUUACUAUUUCCAGCCCAGCGCUCCGUCACCAGCGGUCUCAGAGUCACUACCAAUCUUUGAAGAUAGAAAGCCUUUCGACCAGUCUGAACCACGUCCACAAGAACCUCCACUCCCUACUCCACGAUCGAAUAUUCCUCUGACCGCUCGUCAAAAAGGCCUCAUUGUCACUCAUUUCGACACUGGUGCCUCAUUCGGCGAACUAGCAGCCAAAUUCCGAGUUUCAAUAGAAGAUAUAGAGUACAUUAUAUUGAAUCGUGCUGAAGUUAUUCGUGACCAAACGGCUGCACUGAUGGCUGAUAAUGAUAUGGACGACGAUCGUGAGCGAAUUGUCAGUGGAGCCAAGAAAAGAAGCAGGGUUCGCAGAACAUCUUUUGUCGGUUUGAACAUCCUCAUGUGGCGAUUCUUCAAAGACUGUCGUGACAAUGGCAUUGUAUUGAAUGGGAAGUUGCUGAAAGAACACGCCAUGAUGAUUUCACGUCAGCUAGGACUGGAGAACUUCAAGGGUUCAGAAGGAUGGCUUGAUGCGUUCAAGCGGCGCCAUCGAAUCGAUCUAAAGCUGAUGUCUGGUGUGCCAGUGAAUUACGAAGAAACUGACGACGAUAGAAUGGAAGAUGAUCACGACGACAAUCAGAACAUAUCGAGGCAAUUCAACGCUUUUCAACAAGUCCACCGUGAAGGUGAGGGAGACAUUGGGAUUUUUCUUGUUUCAGUAGCUGAGGCACUGAUAGAACCAGAUGUGACUGGAAAAAAACAACUGAUGAGAAAUGUUUAUUCGGAGUUAUCAUUUUCCUCACAUCACAAAAUAGAACAACUUUGCAGGGGCUGUUCCUAG